GAACAAAGUUUAUUUUCCAUAGGAGAAAAAGCGCUGAAGAAAUUAGCAGCGGAUAAAGUUGGCAACCGCAGCGGUCAAUGGACUGUCGACGAAAUUAAAAGCAUGGUUACUGUUAAAAAUUUAUGUUCUUGCAGUGAUCCUAUAUCGACAGCUUUUAAGGUAGAGUAAUUUUGCUCCUACGUAAAUUUGAUUAUGAUUAAACAAUAGUUUCACUUUGACAGGUUUCUACUUAUGUUCUCCUGGGACGACGAUAUGGCAAUGACCAAUAUAAACAUCAAAUUUGGCUUUUACCUGAGUCAUGCAGAGAAAAGUUCUGCGAGGGAACCGGGUAACUUUCAUUUCAAAAUACGUUUUGGGCUCUUCCUAUAAAAAACAAGUGACCACUCCAAUACACUUUGAACUGAAACCUCAAUAAACAGUCUCCUUCUUUUGAAUUUCUUGUUCAUCAUUUCUCCUGAAAAUAUAUGUUUUUAUUAUCCCUUUUUUGUGACAAGAUCAUGCUGAACUCAAAGUAAUUACAUUUUAAUUAUAUAACAACGCAGAACGCCCAAAGCAGAGUCUUUUUCUAUAAACUGUAAAAACAGGGUUCUUUGAAAAUAGUGAGAAAGUUUUUAAUACUUUAUUCUCAUGUUUAUUUGAUUGAUUAUAAAUUUCUUGGUCUUCAGGUUAACAGUAACUUGCGGGUUUUGGCAAAAUCGUACAUAGAGAAUACCGAGACCCUAAACAAUCUUGCAGACCAGACAGAGGAUUUUGCUGUGCAACUCAUCGAUCAGGUUAAUGGCAGUGAGCAGCUUGCAUUGCAAGACGUACCGGGAAACGUUAAUCGCUGUGCCUCGAUGCUCAGCGGCAUGACGGAUAAGGCAAUUGAAUAUUCUCAAAAGAAAGUACGUAUCUUUUUGAAAAACAACAAAAAUAUAGCUUGACAGAGGUGUCACUUUUCUUAAAGAUGUUGCAUUAAGAGUCCGAUUGUGAUUACCUACAGAAAACUGAAACUAUGGUGAAUUACAAUCUUGAACAGCCCUUUCUCAUACCAGACCGGAGUAAUAUUGGUAAUGCAUACUGAUUUGGAACUUUGCUAGCUUUCAUCAGCAUGGCUAUUUAGUACAUAGCUCAUAUUAUACAAGUUUUCUUAUUGAUUUCGUUUGUCAUCUUUUUUUUUUUUUAAAUUCUGACUCUUUUUACCAAUAACAGAUUUGAAUUAUUUUAUAGUUUGUUGCACAUCCUUUAUUGUACAAGAGACUACAAAUGAGAUGGAAUCUUGGAAUACCUAAGGUUUUAAAGCCUCGUGAAAAGUUUCGACCUUUUCUGUACCUGCUGAUACUGAUAGACACGAUCCUCACUCCAUUUCUGCUUCCGAUUAUUGGAUAUGCUUUUUACCAUGACCAAAAAGAGGUGCAAAAUCUUUUCAUAUAGUUUGUUAUGCUUGUUAUUUGAGCUAUAUCGUUUGCUGUCUUUGACGACUGACUUUUGAUCUUUCAUGAAAACUUUUGUAUUCUUAUCAUUUUGCAGAGGCGUGUGAGGUCACAAGAACAAAGAGGAAAAUCGCGUACGGGUGUGAAAAGAUCACGAUGGAGUAUCAUAGGUAUGUCAGAAUACUAGAAAAAUUAAAAAAAAAGAUUUUUUUAAAAUAAUAAGAGUAAAAAAGCUGGUUGGUCGUUCGGUUUCCUAACUUACCCUCUUGCCAAGUUGAUAGAGGGAUGGAUUGAUGAAGUGAUCGAGUCAAAUAUCAAAUGAUUGAUUGAUAGAUUGAAUGACUGGGUGAAUAAAUGAAUGAUCGACACAUUUAUCGAUUCAUCUCUCGAUUUGUUUUCAACAGAUUCUUACCUGAAUUACCUGACUUCUCCCUUUGUCUUGUUUAUAAAAGACAAGCUAACCCAAGUGGUAUUUAUAGCAUUUCACUGCAUAGUCUGCACUUCGGAUUCUCAGAUCGCUAUAACAUACGAAGAGUACAUAAUUUUCUUUUUCUUCUGUGGCAUGAUCCUGAGUGAAUUCCAGCAGUACAAGCGGUCGCAACUGAAAUAUUUCAAGUAAGACAUUUCGCUUAUGAUUGAUUUGAAAUUUUUGCAGCGUAUAUCUUCUUUGAUAAAGAGGAAUGGGCUUCAAUUCUGUGACCACGAGUAUACAGUAGCUCUUACGGAUUUGGCGUUUUUGUUUAUUCGGUUAAAAAAAGUGUUUUCAACAUGAAACUUUUGGAGGUUAAGAACACCAGCCUUAAAGGAAGUCUAGUAGCUUGCGUUAGAAGAUUACUGUGGAUGAUAGACAGAUUAAGAGCUUAAGGAGAUCAGAACCUUUUUUUUUCCAAAAUGCAAUUUAUGAUCACCUACUGUGGGUAAAACGAGGAAAUAUUGACACCUUUGAGGCCUUCGAAUCCGUUGCCCCCACCUUACACUCUCAUACAGAGUUCACAAGGCGUGUCGCAACUCUUCACCAGACGCUUCACGUUGGACUCUGGAGUGAAAUGAUGAUUCAAACAGGUGAACAUGGAAACCUCUUUUAUUUUAACUUGCAGGGACAUGUGGAACUACGUGGAUGUCCUGACUCUCUUUAUCUACACCCUGAUUGUCUUGACGCGCAUUGCGACGAUUAUCCGCGGAGGCGAAACUUAUGAUAAUGACCUGUUAGAAACUGCCAACAUCCUCUAUGGCGUAAAUACCAUGUUAUUGGUAUUGCGCUUCUCCAGUAUCCUGGAGGUUAACUCAUUUGUUGGUCCAUUGCAGUUGGCUUUAUUUCGGAUGAUUCUUGACUUACUCACCAUACUUAUGCAGUUUGCUUUCGUGGUCGCCGCGUUUUCGUUGGCCAUAACAAAGGUUUUCAAAGCAGAUCUCUCCAAAUUGGGUUACGGCGCCAACGAUACUAGUGGUGAAACUUACUUAGCACCGUGAGUUACGUUUCUUUUCCUUGUUGAAUUGUUCUUUUGUUAUUGGGACAAGUCCCUAACGGGUAACUAGUAUCAUUUAAUUUAUCCGAUCAAAAGCUCACUUUUACAACACGGAAGAGUAAUACAAACUUUGAAUAAAUUCAGAUUACUAGCAAACUGAAACUGCCCUGACCUGACUGGUUACCAAUCCAUCCUCCAACUUGAAUUUCUACCUUUUGUAAAAUAGCUCCGUGUUAGAGUUGUUUCAAGAAGAAAAAAAGUUCAGCAAGUAAAAAAAAACAACAACAAUGUGCAUGUUGGCGGUAUUAUCGAAACAGAUCCAGAAUAUUGUCAUGCUCUAAAAAAGUCCUUUGGAAAUCUCCAUAAAGAAGAUGGCUUUGGUCAUUAAAUUGUUUUAAAGGAAAAAUUAUCAGUGAAAUUAUCUUCAGAAAUCAUGUAUGAGAGAAUUCUUUCAGGCAAUGUAAAGCAUUACUCCAGAUGUGUACCAACAUCAGCCAAUGCCUUGGAUCAGCCUUUCAUGGUAGCACGAGUUCGGCUAUCAUAUAAUAAAGUCCUCGAUAAUAAAUUCUCUUUAUUUAAGAAAUGUCAUACAUGCCUUUCAUCUCUGUUCCUUCUACACUGUCCACUCUAUAUAAGCUACAAAUUUGGCUCUCAUUUUGUUCCCAUCCAGGUAUUGUGACCAAGUAGGGGCAUUAGAGUGGUACGUCAUUCUAUCUGCUUAACCCCUCAACCCAUCAGAUUGACAUCUUAUCAGACAUCAGCAUCUAAUUUGUCCUUACAACAUCACCCCUGAAUCAAACUACAAGGUCAUAUGUUAAAGAAAAUAAUCAACAAGAAGAACUGAAGCUCAUGAUCGCUUAACGAAUUUUCUCUGCUAGUAUCACAGGAACUGUUUAGAGAACAGUGUGGAGAAUACGCAUACUGAUUUCAGUGUGUAAUUGGUUAAUGAAGAUUAGGUUCACAUCUUUACAUGCGUCUUGUACAGAGAUUUCAGCUCAGCCUUUGACAAAAAGGAAUAAAACACGCCAGGUUAAUUUUUCAUCAGUUGAGGGUACAUGACUUGUAAGCUGCAUUUUUGUUUGGCGAGUCCCUACUGAUCGUUCUUUGGUAGAAUCGUUUAGGUGUAUUAUUCCUCAAACUAGGCUCGACUUAACCGAGAGUGAAUCGCACCUGGUUAUGGCCAACCCACAUCGAUGUUAUAAAUAAGUUGUUGUGAAAUAGCAUUUACAAAUAUUUGCAAAUUAUGAUUCGCUAAACAUUCUCCUAAACGUCGAGAAACAAAAUUGCUGCAUGGAGUAGCCAGCGCAUAUUGUUAGGAAAAUUUAGUACUCGAUGACAUGCAAAGUAAGAGUAUAAUUUUCUGUAUCGUUGGACUGAAAUUUGUUAGCCGUAAUGUCCUUUAGCCAAUAUCGAUCAUAACAGAAGAAUAAUUUCGAUUUUUCAGCCUGUACAAGACAUCUGGACACCUUAUAUGGUCAGUGUUUGGUCUAACUGACUUGAAUAAGCUGAACACCAAUGAUAGUCUCGCCUUCCUAGUCACCAGAGGUCUAUACUUGGUUUUCCUUAUUUUGACCGUUAUCAUGCUGAUCAACAUGCUUGUGGCCUUACUUUCCAAGACUUAUGACAAUAUUACGGUGAGAUGAGUAACUUAGCAACACUUGAGAUAAUCAUGCGCUGUUUGGUACAAAGCUCCCUUUUUGAAUAAUCAGAAAAAGAAGAAAACCAAAAACAAAUCACGGAAUAUUUUGAAAUGAGUAUCGAGGUUAAAUUUUUGCUGUCAGUCUAGGAUCCUUUCUAGACUUGCUUUACUUCUAGUGCGGAUAGGGUCAAAUGCAUCAUGCUUUGUGAUAGCUGUUACAUAGGCAAUACCUUUGUCAUCAAGCAAGCAUUAAAAAUAUGAUAAGUACCAUUUCCCCAUUAGUAUUUGUCUAUUUUUUGUUUCUCUUCCACGUGGGUAAGCUGGGUGAAUUUACGUGACUAUUUACUCUCGUAACCUGUGGUACACUGCUGCUGAUGGAUGCAUUCACACUCAGUUAGCCGUCCAUAAACUUGGUUAUUGAUGACACGCGCUUGGAUGGCUUAAGAUUUCGAUCCUAUCUCUGAGGGGUUCUUUGGUACACCAUGUAUGGCCGAUCUUUGAUUGUUCGUUUGUUGGUUUUUUUUUUGCGUGAGUGUUAAACGAGAUGUUGUUUGUUUGUGUGUGUUUUUUUGCUUGUGUGUUAAACGAAAAGGUCGCAUUGACUUCAUGCUUAUAAACGCUUACAUCCAGCUAGUGUUGCACCUUUUUAAUUCAGAAAUCAUCAACGAAAAAUAAGACGUCUGUUGUCUUUCUUGCCUGUAGAACAAUGCGGAAGUUGAGUGGAAAUUUUCACGCGCUGUUGUGGAAAACCAGUACAGGAAUCUUCACUCUAUUGUGGUACCGUUCAACCUGCUAUCUGUUCCAGUAGCACUCCUUUACAUUCGUUUGCAUGGUAAUCCUCGUGAAGAGGUAGGUGCAAUUCUUAUAACCUAGGAAGCUAAGUCAACAUCGAGAUAUUUUGUCUUUUUAUCAGUUCGUUUUUAGUCAGAAACCAGAUAUGUUUCACUAUGACAGGAUGCAAAAGACCGUCGAAAACAAUACAAGAAUUUUUAUCGCGAGCGUCUGUUUCCACUGCUUACUAAAAGGUAUCUCGAAAAAUAUGGUGGAGCGUUUCCAUUGUCAGGUAGGUUGUGUAACUCUUGCGGUUUUUUUCAAAAUGUUAGGUUAGCGGUUAUAUGAGAACUCAAAGGUCACAAUUAUUAGUUCGGUCUUUUCCGAUGUGAGUAGCGAUAAAAUCACGUGUACCUCCUCAGGUGGGACAAAGAGCACUGCUAACACACCCGUUGAAAUGACUAUACACACGACAGCACGUAUGUAUCAGGCCACAAUCGGCUGAAUGGGCUCAAACCCAUGGAUAACAAUGCGAUCAACAAAGCUAUCAUUGGGAGCCGAUUGUUAUUCGAGUUUAUUUUAUGCCCUUAAUUAGGCCACUGUAUGAUAGUAAUUCUAUUUAAAAUGUGGAACUAAAGUAUUUAUCAAGCAAAGAAACAUCGUCCCAUAAAGAACACAACUUAAGCACUUUUGAAAAUGAAGCCUAAAAUUCGGGUUAAAUGCUCUGUUUUCUUUUUGUCAAAAAUAGAUUUUAGUUUUGCUUUAGUUGAUUUUCAGGCUUUAUUGUUAUUAUUGCUUUUGUCAGUUGUGUAAACUGCGAUAAAUAGUCUUUUUUACAUCAUUUUUUAUGCUUUAAAGUUACAUUUGUUAUGUUUUAGUUGAUGACAAGAUCGACCUGAUAAUGCAGAAUUUGAAAAUUUCGCCCUUAAAUGUAAGUAUUACACCUCCACUGAUUCGGCGUUAA